AUGAGCAAAAGAACAAGUGGAGGCUGUUUACUGGGGAACUGGGUGGAAGAGAGGGCAACUACAUUGCUGGACAAUACUGGAUCAACAUCUGACGUCCAUAAAAAUGGACACAGGGGCAUCCUCACGGUGGACUUGUCCUCUAAAUUUCAUGGUGUUAGCACACUGAAAUCUGCUUUCAGCAGCCCUAAAGGCACACAGGUACGACAGAAAGGAUUACGAUCUGAGCUUCUGGAGAAGCACCUCAUCAAAAGCAUAAGUGAGCAGGUACAUGCAGAGCUCACACCACAGCCUCCAGCCCCUGAACGGUACUCCGUAACCAGAACUGAUUACACAGCAGAGGGCUUCCAGUGUGUCCAACCAACCCCAUCCACGGAUCGAGACUACAGGACUGAUGAGGCCAUCACAUUUUGGAGGGAAAACGUUGACAAGAUUCAGGGCGUGACAGCAGCGAGAAACAGAGAUGCACCUUUUAAGAAGAACAUCAGUUUCACCAAACCACUCAAUGAGAGCUUGGAGCCCGAUCCUGAGAACGACACUGAUAUAGAGGAAGUGUAG